AUGCGUCAAAUUUUGCUAUCUAUAAUGCAGGGUCAUAUUAUUUGCAAACACAAUAUUUACUUAGAUUCCGAAUCAAAAACACACCUAGAUAAUUUAUUGGAUAAUUUAAAUUUAACUAUAUCUUCAAGACAGCCUGUUAUUGAUAAUUUUCCUGAAAAAAAUGUGCACCAUGACUUAACCCUAGAGAAAACCCAAGUAUUAUCGAAAGUGAUUUCGAAGUUGAGUAUUGAAACUAGAAAUGAUGUUACAUUGGAAAACAGCUCUUCUGAUUCUGAUGUAAUGUGUAUUUGUAAAUACUUGAUGAGUCGAAAGCAAAUGACAUCUUUUGAAGAGUUUAAUAAUAAAAAGACUCCUUAUUUAAUGAAUAUUAUAUCUAGAAAUACGAAUAAGGCUAAAUCUAAUGCAGAAAUAACAGAACAAAAAUCUAUACCAAGUGUGCCUCUAGGUACACCUAAAUCACAAAUAAGUAGAACAAAGAACCAAGAUAUAAGCAAUAAAAAGUCUAAUAAUGAUGUGUAUGACAUUUCUGCUAAAGCUACAAAACAAAAAUCUAUUUUAAGUGUGCCACCAAGUACACUUCAAGCACCAUUAAAAGGAACUGUAAGAACGAAUCAUGGUAUAAGUAAAAAAUUGAAUAAAAAUAUCCAAGACUUGAAUGAGACAAACGUAAGCCAAAAAAGCAAAUCUGUAAAAGAUAAAUCGCCCAAAGACAUAUCAAAAGAACCACAAGCACAUUUUGAUAAUAACAUAAUGCUGAAAAUGAUAAAACAAAGGGGAAAAAAUAGAACGCAGCUAAGAAAAUCAUUAGAAAAAGAAAAUAAAACGAAUAUUUUUUCUAAGUCAGAGAACUUACCAAUUAUAAGAUCACCGAAAAAAAGAGUAGAUAUCGAAGUUGAUAAGUCAGAAAGUAUUAUAGAGUGCAAGGGAAAUCUUCUCAUUUACACAGAUAAAAUGAUAAAAGGCUGUAAUAUAGUGCCUUAUGACCCUCUAUACAAUAAAGAAGAAACAGUAAAACUUCCUUUGUUGUUUAAAAUACAAACUGAUUGUACUGCACCUCCAAUAAAUGCUGAAGAAUCAUGUUCGAAAUAUUCUUAUGUAGAAGACAAGAUAAAAAAACCUAAAAGAGAUGGAUCUAUAGUUAGUUAUGCAUAUUAUAUGAAAUAUUUGAUAGUUGUCUCCUACUUUAGUACU